CCGGCGGCUUUUCGCCCGGUUCCAUCGCUCCCCGCCGCCCGUUCCCGUAUCCCCGCGACGCUGCGAGGAGCGCUUCGAUUUGCGUCGGAAACGGCAUUGGAGGAAACUAUUUUUAGCGAGAUUGCGUAACGCGAGCGCCGAGGCUCCGCCGAGCGGGGAGCCGGGCUCUCCCCGGAACGAUCAGCACCGGGCCCGAUCUCUCGGGCCUCGCAGCUCUCUGGUGGCAGCGGCUCCCGAGCCUCGAAGGACGAUGUUGGGACUGUGAGAGGAGGAAGGGGGAAAGAUGGGCCCCUGGGAGCACCUCCCUGGAAAGAGUGACCCAGCGCCAGCACUGCCUCUGCGCGACUCAGGGAGGAAUUCUGCCGCGGAAGGGUUCUGGCAUCGGUGAUGAGCAAUGGGGUAUGAUGUAGCACGCUUUCAGGGGGAUGUUGAUGAAGACCUUAUAUGCCCCAUCUGCAGCGGGGUCCUGGAGGAGCCGGUUCAGGCUCCUCACUGCGAGCACGCCUUCUGCAAUGCCUGCAUCACCCAGUGGUUCUCCCAGCAGCAGACCUGCCCCGUGGACCGCAGCGUGGUGACGGUCGCCCACCUCCGCCCCGUGCCGCGGAUUAUGCGGAAUAUGCUCUCGAAGCUGCAGAUCACUUGCGACAACGCUGUCUUCGGCUGCACCGCUGUCGUGCGACUCGACAACCUGAUGUCUCACCUCAACGACUGCGAGCACAACCCCAAGCGCCCGGUGACCUGCGAGCAGGGAUGCGGCUUGGAAAUGCCCAAAGACGAGCUGCCAAACCACAACUGCAUCAAGCAUUUAAGGUCGGUGGUGCAGCAGCAGCAGACCAGAAUCGCUGAGCUGGAGAAGACCUCAGCAGAACACAAGCAUCAGCUGGCGGAGCAGAAACGUGACAUUCAGCUGCUGAAGGCCUACAUGCGCGCCAUCCGCAGCGUCAACCCCAACCUGCAGAACCUGGAGGAGACCAUUGAGUACAACGAGAUCCUGGAGUGGGUGAACUCCCUGCAGCCCGCCCGCGUGACGCGGUGGGGCGGGAUGAUCUCCACGCCGGACGCCGUGCUGCAGGCCGUCAUCAAGCGCUCGCUGGUGGAGAGCGGCUGCCCCACGUCCAUCAUCAACGAGCUGAUCGAGAACGCCCACGAGCGGAACUGGCCGCAGGGCCUGGCCACGCUGGAGACGCGCCAGAUGAACCGGCGCUACUACGAGAACUACGUGGCCAAACGCAUCCCCGGCAAGCAGGCCGUGGUGGUGAUGGCCUGCGAGAACCAGCACAUGGGCGAGGACAUGGUGCUGGAGCCGGGGCUGGUGAUGAUCUUUGCACACGGAGUGGAGGAAAUAUAAAAGGACCUCAGAAGAGCGACGCUUUGUGCUGAGGAGGGGGAUGGGGGUGAGGCUCGGGGCGGCUGCUCCCAAAGGCCGGGCCCUGCUCCCAGCUCUGCUGGGGCACUGCUCCCUCCCACCUUCUUGUUGAAACGAUUCCGAGCCCCCCGGUAACCGCAACAUCCACCCCUGGCCCCGCAGUGCCCACACGGCCCAUCCCCAUUCGCCCUCUGCAGCCCCACUUCUCUGCUUCUCCCACCAUCUUCAGGGGGGCAGAGGAGGUACAGCUGCUCCCUGGCUACUGCUGGACUUCAGCCCCACGGACGCUCUCCCUGGCUCACUCUGUGCCUGCCCCCUCCCUGGGCUCUGUCCCUGCUCUGCAUUUUCUGCCCUGUGCUUGGCUGUGUCUGUCCUUGGGGGCCGGGCCUGGCUUCCCUCUCCCCACUGACCCUAAAGGCAGAGAUGGGCAUCCAAGGGCCGGGGGAGCCCUGGGGGUGGGGGGGGAAGCGGGCAAAGGGGCAUGGCCCUGCCCUGGGGGGCAGCGGGUGCCCCCCUCUGCCCCACUGCUGUUCCUCUGCAGCCACUCGUGAUCGUGGUUCUGUAUUAUUUUGUACUUCUUGGCCUUCUCCUCUUUGUAACCCUCCCCACCCCCACACCCCCACCCCGUUUUAUUUUGCAGUGCCGCGGAUGGGUGCAUUGACCCCGGUCACGGUCACCCUGUGGGAAUUUAA